CUGUUGUACACGAUCAGGAUUUCGUUUUCUCGGCUAAAGUCUCACAAUCGAGGCCUACCAGACCAACCCAUUUAAGUUGUCAUACAUACUGAUGCAUCUUGCAACAGUCGUCUGUGUGCAUUCAGGCAUCUGACAAUAGAGACAAGAUGAAGUGGAAAUGGCUGUCAUGGUCACUGGUGGUGCUGAUCGCAUCUCAGACCUUGCUGACCAGAACUGCAGCAAAUGAGGAUGUGGAUGCCUUAAGCAUUGAGAAAUCAGUGCUGGAUUUGUUAACUCCACUCAUAGGAGAUGUGACAACAGCUCUUCAAGGCUUCAUCGAUAUAGGCAAGAUUGGGAUGGGCGUUGCAAAAUUUAUUUCUAUAAUAAGUGACCAGACUGAUGGUAAUUUAGUUCCUAAGACCACGACCCAUCAUUGGCGUUCCCACAGACAGGCCUUUAAUUACUUACAUAUAUUCAAUGUUUCCCUGGAAAACAUGAACUUUGGCUCGUACAUUCCCUUGGCAGACCGGAAAAUGUUAGCAAUGUUUGAAGUGCUUUCUGAUCGUCUGGAUCAAAUGGAAAAUGGAGUGAAUGGAGUAGCAAACUCACUGCGGGACCUUGCCAAUGGGAUGCAAAACAUGGUGAGGUGGGAAAUUGCUCUCAACACCAUGGAAGAAUACAUCAGGCCCAUCAACACCUUGUAUAGAAGAUUCCGUCUUUACCAGAAAAUGAAGGACAAAAUUGAAGACCACACUCUAAUGGACUUUGCCAAUACUGUUGUGUCCCAUGACACUCAUUCAAUCAUGUCCUUAAUGGCUCACCUGCACAGUAUGGCAGCACCAGCGGCAUCAUUACGAACAUCAUACCUUGAUGAGGAAAUGUCUGUUUCAGCUUUGAAUGACCCAAGAUAUUUAUAUCAUAUUAAUGAGAGUGUAACACGCAAGAUGAUACUUCAAGAGAAACUGGUUACUGAAAACAUGCAUGAAGACCAACGCCCUGAACGACUUUCACUUCGUCCAAGCCUCUUCCGUAUGCUGCAAGACACCUUAAAGACAAGUGAUAACUGCCAUUUGUACCAAUCACCACAGCAACUCAUUGAGGGACUCAACAUAAUACUUGCCCUCACUGAGGCAAGAGGAUUUGCAAUGUUGGAGUUUGCAUGGAUGAUUUUAAGAAUAUAUAAUGAAGGCAAUUUUACUGUAGAACAAGAAGUAUCAAAGAGACUGUACCUUCAGUAUUCUGAAAAUAUUAUGAACGAGGCAAAGAGUGUGCUGGAGGAGGUACCUCGGGAGUUUUUCAGGUGUGAUCCAAGGCACCAUGAAGAAGGGGAAACAUAUAUUCAGUUGACUGAACUUCUGCAGGGUUAUAUAGAAAAUGAAGUCGACAUGAAUGUGGAUGGCUCAUGUUCUCAAGAAUGUGGGUAUUACCAACAUGCUAGGAGUGAAGGAUGCUAUAUGCCUCAAUCCCAAUACUGUGGCAAGCAUCGGCGCUGUAAUGGCAUCAUACACGACUGUAAAUUCUAUAAUGCAGAUGCUACAGUGUGUCUUUCUAGAAAACCCUACAGGCGAUACGACUCCAUCAGCUAUGAAAACCGCAAGCAUUUAGGAAGCUACCAGAAUUGCAGAGGCACAGAGAUGAAGGUGGACUCUUGGUGGAGGUUUUUGUAUCAUUGCUCUUAUUGUUUAUGCCUAUGUGAUGAUGGUAGCUCCCCGUCAAGUGACCGUUACAUCAGUCUGACUCCUGUCCUCAGUGACCUACAGAAGAACAUGGUAGUAACAGGAGUGAAGUUUACCAAACAAAGGCAAGUGAUUCAUGUGCAGAUACAACAAGGGCAGGUACUUCCUCAAGGCCAAGUUAAUAGUUCAACUAUUCAUUGGGUCGAAACAGAGCCCAUUACUAUUAACAGUGUGAAUUACACUGAAGGCACAGACUAUAAGAAAUUGUCAUUUGAGGACCGCAGCAUUGAUUUAGACAAACUUGAAGGACCUAAGGACCAUGUAGUUACUGGUGUACGCUUCAGAAUGCUUGGUUCACAUCUAAAUCUGGAGAUUAAAAUCACGCCAAUCAACUACACAUCUGGAAUGAUGCAGCCCACCAAGAGCUACUGGAUCAGUAAUGACAACACUCCAGCCAUGGCAAAGAACCCCAGACAAGAAAUUAACCUUCAUUCUCCUGAUGACCCUACCAAGUUCCCAGCUUUGUCUAAGAUUGACUCUCUACCUGACACAUUCAUGCGAUUUAUUCCCACAGACAGAGUGAAAGAUGUUGCUCAACUUACAGUUCCUUUCUUUGAUUCACAAACUGUGGCACCUACUCCUAGUUCUUGGCUAUCAGGCAUAGAGCUCUUUCAUAAGGGCCAACCUGGGUCUGGAGGAUUCUUGGCAAUGAAAGUCUUUAAUUAUGAUGUGACACUGCACAUGGAAGUGAGUAGUAAUGAACCUAAAACAGUAGUACUGCCUCAAAGUCAGUAAGCAAGUGUUUCAAUUGAAACAGAUAUCAUUUAUUCUAAAAGCUAUCUUGGUACAUGUACCAAUAUUUCCAUAUUAAAACUGUAUGAAAACCGACAUUUACUAUAUGAAUAAAUAUUUUCAAGAGGAGGAAUUUUCAAUUUGGAUGUAACUUCUUGCUCAAACUUGAAAUUAAUUAAUAUGAGGCACACUUUCAUUAUGGAAGUUUUUUUUCAGCAUAUGCUCAGGAAAACAAAACUCUAACUUGACUCACUGAUGUAGCACUACUAUUUCUUCCCACUACUUUUUUGUAUUUGAAUUUAUACCUUAACUGAAAUAAUUUUCUAUUCUCAAUGACAAUAAAAAAUAAACUCUCUAAGUGAUAACUACUUUAUAACUGGUACUAACAGCUUUAAUAUAGCACUCAUCUACCUUAAGAGUAAAUCUUGAUAUGCUAUAUGUUGAUUACUUGCUUUUCCAGCUGGCUGGUUACAUUUAAAACUCAGCACUUUCAACUAAUGAACUACAACAGAACAAAUAUUAAUUUAUAUGACCCUGUGAGAGUGAGAGAGUGUGUGUGUGUUUCACUGUUUGAUCUGCUGCAGUCUCUGACGAGACAGCCAGACGUUACCCCACGGAACGAGCUCAGAGCUCAUUAUUUCCGAUCUUUGGAUAGGCCUGAGACCAGCCACACACCACACACCGGGACAACAAGGUCACAACUCCUCAAUUUACAUCCCGUACCUACUCACUGCUAGGUGAACAGGGUCUACACGUGAAAGGAGACACACUCAAAUAUCUCCACCUGGCCGGAAAAUCGAACCCCGGUCCUCUGGCUUGUGAAGCCAGCGCUCUAACCACUGAGCUACCGUGUGUGUGUGUGUGUGUGUGUGUGUGUGAUAAAAACUAUGGUGUAUAGAACGACUAGUUCCUGGACUUCACUAGGAUGGAUAUAAAUUGUGCAUCUUGCUUUGUUUAAUCCAUAUUUUCACUGACUACUACUGUCUUCACAUUUUGCAUAUGCAUGAGUUUGCAGUUUCAAAUUAUACUAACUUGAUUUUAAUGAUACAAUAUUUGUAACUUUCCUUCUUGAAUACACACACUACUAAAAGUGAUCAAUACUGAAAUUAUAUCACUGGCUAACCUUUACAAUAUUAUCUCAACUCAUGUUCUUAACAUUUUCCUUAUAUAUAUAUAUAUAUAUAUAUAUAUAUAUAUAUAUAUAUAUAUAUAUAUAUAUAUAUAUAUAUAUAUAUAUAUAUAUAUAUAUAUAAAGCUAUUGUGAUUUAUAGUAAAUGUAUGAGCUACAUUAAAUUACCUUAAACUAUUAAUUACAGCAUUCCAGUCCACUCAUCUCUUAUCACUAAGUAUAAAUGACUUGAUAGAUAUAUCAUAUCUCAUCUAUCAGGAUGUCCACUAAAAAAUAUAUACAUAUUACAAACCUACUUUAUAAUAUGUACCAAGGAUAUACACAUAUCACUGAUGCUUUCUUAAAGACUAAAAAUGAAUAAAUAAUAAUAAUAAUAACAUAAUCCAAGAUGAAAUUUGACAAAGUAAUAAUUGCUGCAUGUUUACUAAGCUUAUCAUAGAAGGUGAAAUAUGACAAUCUUUUGUAAUUUCUUUCAGACUUAGAUAAUAAACUAUUCUAACA